UUGCAACCGACUCGACUACCCGAAUACGUAAACAAAACGAUUUUACAUCGCCAGGUUUCGUUAUUUUCAUCUGUUUCCUAAAAAAGUGUAAAUUAGAACGAUUAGAGCUAUUUAAAUUUGUAGAUUAUAAUAUUAGUUAAUGUAAAAACACUACAAGAACUUGUGAGAAUGUUGAGUCUUCAAGCGUACGCUAGCGGAAGUGGCAGUAGUGAUGGAAGCAGUGAUGACGAUUCGGAAACCGAACAGCGUCAGGCGGUUGGCAGCAAAGCAGUUGUUCCAACCGAUGAUGAAAUGGCGCAUCUGAAGCCCAUCAAGGAUCAAUCUAUGUCCGUGGCAAAGUCGUUGCAAGUCUGUGCAGCACCGAUAGUCGUUCCUACGGAACAAGCGGAUGUUUCGCGAAUGUUGGCUCCCAGUAUUAGUGAAUUGCACUACAAUCCUCGGUACGAAGAAUUGUUUGCUCCAGUAGCAGGUCCAGCUAACCCCUUCCUAACGGAACAGAUGAAAGCCCCAAAAAACACCAUAACAGGCUUCGUCGAAAAGGCGCACAUCAGCGAUUUCCAGUUCGAUAAUCAGCGGAAAACAUUCCACAGCUUUGGGUACGCAUUGGACCCAUCGGUGGAUACGAGCCAGGCCGGUUCAGAUGCAGGGCCAAGCUAUGUGGGACAUUUGCAAGCGGCCUACGACACCGAUGGCAAAACGGUCUUCGAGUCGAGCAAACCCAAUCGAAACGGCGACAAGCGGAAGCGUGUCAAGAAUGCCAAUCCGGAAGAUGUAGAAGGCUUCUUGGGACCAUGGGGAAAGUUUGAAGACGAGGAAACGGUUUCGCGUCCCAGCGAACAAGAACGUGCCGAGAUCGAAGAGAUGAUGGCCAAAAAGCAACGAAGGAAUCGUGUCACGGAAGAUAAACCGAUCGAGGAGAAGUCCGUUCUGCAUAUUAAGGAUUCGGUCGAUUAUCAGGGUCGGUCAUUCUUACAUCCGCCACAUGAUUCUGGGGUUAACUUACGCAAAAGCAGUGCCCCGGAUCGGUGUUUUCUGCCGAAGGCUCACAUUCAUACGUGGACCGGGCAUACAAAGGGCAUUUCUGCCAUCCGGUGGUUCCCUGUGUCGGCUCAUUUGCUCCUGUCAUGCAGUAUGGAUGCGCGCAUCAAAAUCUGGGAAGUGUAUAACGAGCGAAGAUGUGUUCGGACUUAUUCGGGCCAUAGACAAGCUGUUCGUGACGUCAGUUUCAACAAUCGAGGCGACCGGUUUGUUUCUGCCGGAUACGAUCGUUACCUAAAGCUGUGGGAUACAGAAACCGGAGAUGUGAUAUCACGGUUUAGCUCUCGUAAGAUUCCGUUCUGCGUCAAGUUUCAUCCCGAUUUCAAUAAGCAACAUUUGUUCGUGGCCGGAACGUCUGAUAAAAAGAUCAUUUGUUGGGAUACACGCAGUGGCGAUAUCGUACAGGAGUACGAUCGACAUCUGGGUGCCGUCAACACUAUCACCUUCGUCGAUGAGAACCGUCGAUUCGUCACCACCUCGGACGAUAAGAGUUUACGAGUAUGGGAGUGGGACAUUCCAGUGGAUAUGAAAUACAUUGCGGAUCCCACGAUGCACUCGAUGCCGGCGGUCACCCUAUCACCGAACGGAAAGUGGCUCGCCUGUCAGAGCCUGGACAACAAGAUCGUCAUCUUCUCGGCCAUUAAUCGGUUCAAGAUGAAUCGAAAGAAGACCUUUACCGGACAUAUGGUAUCCGGCUAUGCCUGCAAUUUGGACUUUUCUCCUGAUAUGAGUUACUUGGUGUCUGGCGAUGGCGAUGGGAAAUGCUACAUUUGGGACUGGAAGACGACCAAGCUGUACAAGAAGUGGCAAGCGCACGAAAACGUUUGUAUUGCGACGCUGUGGCAUCCACACGAAGCAAGUAAGCUUGUGACGGCUGGUUGGGAUGGAGUUAUCAAGUACUGGGACUAACACAGUAGUGGAUAAUAUCAACGUAGUCAUGAGUGAGUAUGUGGGAAAUGUAUGGUGAAGAAUAUAUGAACGACAUUGCAGAAAAAUUA